UUUUAUUUCCAACAAAUUUUCAUCGAAAAAAUUCCCGCCUGGUUAUUUCACUCCUCUCUGCUCUCUGGGCGAUUUUUCUCUCUGAUUCGUCGUCGUUCUCUUUUCGAAGAUCUUCCUCUGCUUGCUCCGUCUGCUCUCGUUUAGUAAGCUUUUCCCCUCGCGUCCUAGACUAGAUCAGUGAUAUUUAACCGUUUACAAUCUCUCUCAGAGACUUUGAAUUUUGCGAUUUCUUUGCUUAUCUCUUGACUUUUCUCCACCGAUCGUUUAUCUGUUGCUUGAUUGGAGAAUUUCUGCUCUAGGUUGUAUAUCUAAGAGUGAUUUCUGGUCUCAAUUUGAAUUUAUUCAUGACUGAUUGAUUUUUCAUGCUAUGGAUUUUGUUUUUUUCGUUCGGAUGAAUCAUCUAGGUUUGGAAGUUUGGCUCGAUUUCUAGGGUUCCGAUCAGCAUGAGUCUGAGAUUUGUUUUUUGAAUUUUCGUAAAAUCUUCCGAACAACUUAAUAAUUGGACUAUAGCUGUGUUUAUUUAUGUCAAAUCCGAAUCUAAUUAGUCUCUCUAAGUUUCAUUCGGUUUUGAUUAAGUCGAGAUUGGAAAAGCGCUUGAGUUUCUGGGUUUAGAUCUGGAUAUUGAAAUUUUGUUUUAUAUUUCUGCGACUGUAAUUGUGUUUGAUUAACAAGUAUGAGUUUAUUUGUAGAUUAAUUGGGCUUGUUUUUAAGUUUCGUUCGGUUGCGGAUGAAUCUAGAUAUGUGAGACACUUGGAUUUCUAGGGUUUGAAUCUGUGUUUGGAGGUUUUGCUAUAAAUCUCUGUGAAAUAGUAUGGAGAAAAGAAUAUUUUGACUCUUGAGUUUUGAUACCGAAUUUUUGUUUUUCUUUUUCAGAAUGGCUAGAAAGAAGACUGAAACUGCAACUGAGUCCUCAAAGGAGAUCAAAGCGAAAGGAAAAUUCACCAGAGCCAAGAAGUCUAUGAAAACAACUACUAAGAAUAUCCAUCAAUCUGGAAAACAUAAUAGUGGAAAAGAGGAGAAGUAUAAAUGUUCAGCUCAGCCUUCAUCUUCUCAAGAGCAAAGGCUGAUACAUACUGAAGACCAAACUCAAAAAGUACCUGUCCUUGAUAUCCAUUCGAGCAAGGACGUUCCACGUUCUGGAAAAAUGAAGCUGCAGCUCUUUCCUUUGGAUGCUCAUACCCGUGAAGGAUUGGAAAAGGACGGCUUUCACCCAUACUUGGAGCUCACUCUUAGCUCACGGAAGAAGAUUUCUUCAGUGCUUCAACGCAUUCACAGUAAGUGGGGCAGCUCAGAGAUUGCUCGUGGAGAUCCCACGUUGUACCCUUAUGAUACAUCGGUACUUGCUUCUGGUCAUAAAUGGGUAGCAAACAGCAACAUCACUACAGGCAAUGUCUAUGAAGCUAUUGGAGCUCCAUUUAUUUUCCGCUUACGGUAUGGGUGGUCCUCUGCGACUGAAAAUAAAACCAAUGAACCGCCAUCUCCUUCAACUCCAGGUACAGGAACGCAGAUGUUAGGUUCAGAGAACCCAUUGACUAUGCUGUCCUCUCCAAAUCAAGUGACUGACACACCUCCCUUGGAAAACUUACCGCAUGAUGGACAAGUUGAGUCAACGGAGAAUAAGAUAAACGAUGGAUCUGGCCCGACAUUGCUUUUUUGGGAUGAUGGAUUAACAAGCCUAAGUAUUGGUGGCUUGCUUUCAGAAGUAUCAUUGAAGGGAAACUUUGGAAAUCAUUGUAAAAAUUCAAACGCAGGGAAUGCAAAUGCAACUCUCUGGGAAGACAAUCUUACUAACAUAAGCAUUGGAGGUCUAUUUUCUGAGGCUUCUUUACAAGACAGAUGGCAUAUGAACAAUGAACGAGAACCAGCUCAUAAUGGUCAGUCUAUUGGAAGUAUAGGAGGCUUACUAUCUGAAGCAUCAAUUCUAGGAGAAGGAAGGAUUAGUGACUGUAACAAAACAUGGGAAACAAGGAGAGCUAUCAAACAACCACCAUUACCUCUAAUCUCUGAUUCAUUAGAUGCUUUCCUCGUGAACCAAACAGAUAACCGUCGAGCUCCUUGCCAUGCCCCUCUUCCUGAGUCGUCACAUUCGUCUAUACUCGAUGCAGAAGAUACGUGCCAUGCAUUUUCAUUUCGAAAGCGUACCACAAUAACACCAAAGGUUCACGAUCAGGUAAGUGGAGAAGUUGAGAAGGAGAAACAGAUUGAUGAAUCGAACCCCGCAAAACCAUUAUUGGGUUCCUCGGUGUUUAAUCAAGACAGCAGCCUCGGAUUAUCAGGAAUCAAGUGGGCUGAAUCACGGGGACCAUUUGAUUUCGGCUUAUCUUCAUCGCGAAAGUUUGCUAAUGGAGACAGCGUAAGCUUUGGUGCUGUAGUAAAAGAUUUGCAGGAAAUGGAGCCUUUAGAAAAGAAAAUAAAGCUUCAAAAGCAUUGAAACUCAUGAACAAUAAUCAUUCCACAGGUAAGUACGACUAAUCAAUACUACUAAAGAUAACAAAGUCUAAAAAAUAUCUGGAAUCCUUUUCUUACAACUCCUUUAUUGAUAUCAUUAUAUCUUACAAUAAAUUCAACUAAUUGUCACACAAACACUUUCUGCGUGUUUUUAUUGACAGGAAAGGUAAAUACUAAGCAUGUGUCUAGAACCUGAAGAUCAUUUUGACAAAUCAUCAGAAGGUAACUACAGUGAAGUACAGGUCUGAACAAAUCAUCAGUGUGUAAAUAUGCUCUUUGAUCUUCUUCACCUUCUGUCUCUGUUUACUGCCCCUUCCCAACCUUUGAAUCUUUCAUGAAGCAACCCUUUUUCCAUGCAUGUGUGUGCUCUGCAAUCAUAUGUUAGAGCAUUUGUAUAUAACAUACCUCUAAAAACAUCAAUCCACAGUUGAGUAUUUGUAAAAACAUCUUUUACCAACUUUUAUUGUAGGCUAUUCCACUUUCCAUCGUAUAUAUUUUUAACUCAUUUGAUAAUUUAAACCCAAAGAACAACAUAAGCGGAUUCUAAUUGUGUGGAUAUGAAAGAGAUUAGAUGGGGGUUUCUUC